AUGCAGGUCUGCUGUAGAAUGAUUUAUGUGCUUCUUCAGGUGAGUUUUUCCUUAGUCUCACGCCUGUCAGACAUUGUUACUUUGGAAAGAUGAUUAAAGAUAUUUUAACGAUGAUGUUUAUUUCAUAAAAAAUCAACAGAGCCUUUUCUUUUUGGUCAUCAUUGUCUGCGGAGUGGGUAAGUGCAAAAGAAAUCCUUGUUUCAACCGUGUAACAUUUGUAAUCAUAAUUACAGCGUACAACGAUUGAGAGCAUGACGUGUUAUUUCGCAAGACAAUUCAACUUCGACGUUAAGACCAGACCAUUUAUGGUCCGUUCAUUUCGGACUAAAACGCUUCUUUAGACUUAAGCGCAACAGUGCAAGUAGGUCUUACAACUUAUGUUUACAUUUGUCAAGAUUUCAUUUACAAGCGUGGACUCACUUUGAAGUGGCUCACGAUAGCAAGGAACUAUUUACUUUCAGGUUAAAUGGUUCACUUAACUUAUACACCGUCUGCCAUUUGUAAAACCUCUGUCUUUUUGUGCCUAAGCCAGCGUAAACUUCUCUGGAACACUAUUUCAUUCAUAUAGUGUUGUGGGUACGAUAUCAAAUUCGUCAUACUUGGAAAAGGGUAAAAAAAAUAAAAUCCAUCACUUUGUUUGGGCGCUUUCUUAUUCCCUUUGGCUAUAAGACGUUUUAUGUGAAAUUUUAUUCACAAAGAAAUUUCUUGUGCAAAUUAUUUGCUAACUGGUGCUCCUUUGUGUGAAGUGUUUCUGUCGUUACUGUGCGUGUUUCAAGUAGUGUUUGGAAUAUAUUGCUAGCACAUGAUGUUUGCCAAUGCUUUAGACCCCUUGCCUCAUUUCAUUUCAUUGAAUGCUAUUUGUCACUUCAAUGCUCCAGUAUUUUCCUUCAUUUUUAAUUACGCAGUGCCGUAAUUUGCCUCGAGCUGAAUUGAAUCGAUUAUAAAGCGCUAAGUACACGCGACACAUCGUCAACUUUAGAAUGAAAUAACCACUGAAAAUCUUUUGUUUUUGGUGACAACAGAACAAGUGAAUUCAAAGAUAAAAUAGACUUCGGUGAGAAAACAAGAAGUUUUUUGCCUUUACACGCAACUAUGCAUGUUUCCCGCAAAGUUUCGUUUCCUUGGAUUUGUUCUGAAGAAAAACAAACAUACACGCGAGCCAGACCGGAAUAUUUCGAUGUGUUUAACUUGCGAAUGACUUCUCUCAAGUCCAAUUCACGCUCCAUUACUCAGUGUUGAACAUUACGUUUUUUUAUGAAAUCAAAAAUUUAAAACUCCUGCUCGAGCAGAUUUAAUUGCAAUAGUUUUUAAAUAGAAAUUUUAUUUUCCGAACUGCAUGUUCUCAUUACACGAGGCCCCAUAUUGCCCUCAGUAAAUGGCUCUAAAGACUCUGCAUACCUUGUUAAUUCUAUAUUUUCGUGCACUUCUCUAAAAUGAUAUCUCUCCCAUGGUAGUUAACGUAUAUUGUAGCUUAACCGUGAUUUUGCGUUGGCUGUUUUUGGAGUAGGUUACAACGAGUGUUAAUUCGAGUUACGCAGGCCAAUACAUUUGAUUGCCUAAAAAACUCCCUCCAGGAAAUCUGUAAUGGCAUUGAUGCGAAACGAAUUACUUAAGGAAACCGGAUAUCUCAAAAAUCUCGUCAAUACCUCAGUCAGAACAACUGAAACCAGUUGAGUAUCUGCACACCCUGUAGCAGUUUCCUUUUUACACAAUUUGAAUUUCAGAAGUGCUUAGGACGUUUGAUGAUAAAGGCUCACUCAAAGAGAGUAGAAAUUGCGUCUCUCCGUCGUUACUCUGUUUUCGAUUAGUUUCACUCUGUGCUAUGUGCUAAAUAUUGCUCAAGAAUCAUUUGAUAACAAAUUUCAAGAAUGGCGAACACGAUCCAAACUGACAAAUUUCUGUCAAAUUUAGUAAUUGCUGUGGCUUCCGAGCAGAGCAAUGCGACAAAAAUCUCUCCUUCCCGCGGAAGUCGACGAUAACAUUUCCUUUAUUACAAUGCGUAGGUGCACAAGAUACGGAUUUUUCCAGAAACUUUUUUAACUCACUGACAACACCAAAAAAAUUUAAGAAGAGAAUGAAACUUUCAAGAGUAUCCAAAAAAUGUAAGAAUCUUAACGCAAAAUCCGCAGUUAAUUUCAUCUCCUCCUCUUAAGGAGAUUCUUUUCAAAAUCCUCUCGGAAACGACAUGAUACAAUCGUCUUCAUUGCGAUGAUAUUUUUCUCCUGAAUACAAUAUCGAUCCUUAUCUGUCUUCUGAUAAUCCCAAGACUUAUUUCAACAAAAGACUAAAAUGUGAAGAUCUGAAUGAAAGUAUGUAUGUCUUAGUAUUUUGUUGCCGAGAACCAGUUUUACCCGUUUGAUACAAAUUGGGCCAAAAUUCGCGUAUUAUCCUGAGGCAGCCGAGAUAAAUGCUGGAUUCAUUUCGCGCAGGAGUUUAGAACUUUCUUAGAUUCGUGUGAAAGAAACAACCUAAUCAGAACUAUAUCUUAUCAGGCAUGUGUUAUAUAUAGUAUUAAAGUUGAAAAGUAAAUCAACGAUAUGGUUUGAUAAUUAAAACGACACCAGCUAAACGUGCCUAGUUUUGCCACAUAGCGAUUGGGAAUUGGCCCUGUCAUCAGAAGGCAUACUGACACAUGUAUAGUCAGUGCUAUUCAAACUUAUAACGUUUUCCAUGUUCAAUUCUUGUUCGUGCACGAUAGUACGAUAUUAAAAUUUAAAAAAAAAUGUAAAAGAUAAAAAAAUAAGGAAUCACAGACACCCUUUAUAACCUAGUUAUGGCAGACUGAGGUUUGGUGGUAUUUCUUAUCGCAUCUAGUACGUGCUUGCAGUCUCCCGCCGUUAUGUAACUAUAUUCUGAAAAAGUUUCAAUUAUUCAUGGCCUUUCCAGUAGUGUUAUAGCUUUCUGUACAUGUGCCGGACUAAUUAGCUACAUUCCACUUGCGAAAAAACUCGGUUUGGCUAAUCUUUUUUAAAUGUUGAAAUACUGAACCAAAUGCACAACGUAUACGAAAUGAAAAUUAAAGUUUUUUUUAAGGGGAAUAGUCGAGUCCUACUGAUAAACUUCCCGGCCGAGUGAAAUAUUGCGAAGUAAAAAAUGUCGUCUUUUAUGACUACUGGUUUUUUUUGUUUUUUUUUUCAAGUCUUUUACCAAGAACGAUCGUACAUGCACAACUAAAGAGCGUUUCUGUUGGGAAGUAGUAAAAGCUAGGUGAGGCCAAACGGAGGUAGUCUCGGACCUUGUUGGCGUUUUAAAUUCAUUCUGCGCGGAUUUUUUCCCAGUCUCAACGUCAAAUAACCGAGCACAUUAUCCUGGCUUGCGUCCAGCUAUAACAAUUUCAAGUGCAUUUCAAGCAACCAGCCUCUGGAUAUUCAGGGCAAACGUCGAGGUCUAAGCAUUGGUUAUCAACCGAAAAUGAACAAAAUUUUAUUAUACCUUCCAGACAUUACGUUUUCAACACCUCAGGUCAAAAUGAAUGACCCGUCAAUUCUAGAAUUCUGUGUUGCAACAUUUACAAGACAAAAGACACAAUUUUGGCUUCUCGAACUAAAGAUGCUAAGUGUUCCUUUGCUCAAGUAAUUAUUCUUAAAAUUAAUCGCUGCAUGUCAAAUUGAAAGUGCUCUUUCACAGGUCAGGGCACUUUUUGUUAUAGUUUCCUUAGGAAAGGCACAAUUUGAGGAUCUAACGACCUAAAUUAAACGGUAGUCGGUCAAUGGAAAUGGCCAUGAGCUCUCUACACGAUGAGCCAAUUAACACCUCUAAUGCGUGAUCAUUACAGUUUCAUCCCUUUAUUUUGCAACUAUUUGGCAGAAAAUUCAAGACAUUGCUUCCAAUAUAUUCAUUAUAAAUCAUGCAGUAGAUUUUGUGCCCGCCAUGCCUUCGCGUGCAGCUGAUGACUCAGACAGCCCAAAGUGUAAUGGCCUGAAACUAAUUACUUCGCGCACGUGAGUAGAAUUUUAAAAUCCCGGUUGGCGACGAGACAAACAACAAUUAAGUGACAAGUAACAAAUAAAAGUGACGUUCUACAAAACAACUUGAAAGGUGUCUUUGUUGUACCAAAAUAUUGGGUUGUCUUGUUUGAAAGCUGUAUGAAAAUUUUAGUUAACAUUACUUUCAAAGAGCAUCUUUAUGAAGGUUAAAAAUGGUGUACGCAAAUUGCUAAGAUAAUUUAUUUUGCUCUUUCUGCUAGCAGCCGAAAAUACCAAUAUUUAACAAGCUAAACUGCAUGUAUUUCCAAAACUGACAGUGUUCAGCCGUUGGAUAGAAUUUUGUCGGCCCAAACUUGUGUUUUCUUUAUUUCGUUUUAGAAGUUUUAUGUUUUUUAUGGUUUACGCGGGUAAAACUAGCUCUUGAUUAUAGUAUUUAAACGUACCACUAUUAUGGUUUAUGCGGGUAAAACUAGCUCUUGAUUAUAGUAUUUCACUGGACAAAGGGCAGGGACGCCUUGGUUUCCCACAAUUAGAAUUAGUAGCAAGAAAUGAAAGGCGAUUGACGUAGAAAUAAAAACACAUGUCUGACUGAAGUUAAUUGCUUCCAAGUUCAAGUUCGGUAUAAAAAAAUGAAUCACCAGACAAAAUUUACAUGGCAAGAACAUCAGAUAGAAACAUUUGUUUUGGAACUUAAGUUUAAAAUCUGACGCGUAUAUUUAUUGGGAGGGUGUAUUUUAUACUGAAUUCCGUUGUGCCAAUAAAUGGUGGAAAAAAAGAAAAGAAGAAAAAAAAAGUACUAUUCACCAAAGUGCUUAAAAUGAUUAUUCAUCGCGGCUCAAAACACUGAGAAAUGAUGUAGCCCGAUAUGAUAUUAAUUUGUAGCAACGGGAAUUGCUUAUAAACAAAAACUUGUUAAUAAUUGCAGGAUAUUUCGAAACAUAUUGAUUACACCUAACGACUCAAUCAAGUUCUGUUCAAUAUUAACGUGGCUAGUCGGCUCAUCAGGAAAUUAUAUUAGAUGCCAUGCUGUGUAAAUACUUCAUUGUGCGGUGUUUUUGCGUAAAUUAAAUGAAAGAGCAGCUAUAAAUAUUUCUAAGUGGUCUCUGUUUCGUCGUUUAUUGAUGGCUCCGAUAAUUAACGAUCAAAUAGGUUUCGAAUUUCGUUUUUUUUCCGACGAAUUUUUUCUGACGAAUUUUUUCUGACGUUCUUUCCCGCUCGUUUUAGCUUCCAAACGUCGAUAUUUGCGAGUUGCCUUCUCUUCUUCAGCCAACUGUAUUUUAUUUUCAUUCCCAGCGUAUUAACUUUUUGGUUAUUUCAUUUGCGCCACAUUUACGGGGAAAGUUAUCCAAGAGUAAUGUUCAAAUAAGUAAACGUUUUCACUUGUAUAUCUUCGUGGCAUGGCAUAUUCUAUUGUUUUGCUCGUUGGUAGGAAUGCACGAAAUGUGUAUACCACUACUUGGUCCAAGUGUCCACACUUUGGGCGGACAAGAAUUAGUCGUGACAAGAAUUCCAAACCUGCAGCACUAAUGAUGUGCCUUUUGUAGUCUUAGGAAUGUCUUUGGAAAUUUUAGUCUUGAGAAGAACUACUUGAGAUAACUAUUAGCGAAUAGCAAAUGGUACUAACAAAAGAUUAGCGCUGUGUAAGAGAACACAGCCUUAGAGAGAGAACGAGAGAAAGGUCACUUGGACUUAGGAAAUGUGAGAGCAGAUAGAGAAAUUUUAAAAGUAUUUGCAGUUUUAUUUCCAAAGUUCAAACUUCAUCUUUAAGUGAAUAACGUGUGUUUGAGGUAAUGACGAGGUAAGGUUCAUAUCCAUUGUCUGUGUGCAAACAGUAUUAAAGCCUGUUUGAGCUGGUAUACCUGACAGCCGGCACGCCAGAAAAAAAUGAACGAGUGCUGAGUCGGUAAAACUGAUCAGUUGUACACUUUUUAGGAUCAAUCAAGAGAAUUUAUAGAAUUCAAUUAAUUCAAAGUCGUUUAAUCGUUUUAAGACAAAUAUCGUCUGACAUAAUCAAUACGACUUUCUCUAGCCCAUCAUAGUAUUCUCAAGCGGGAGGAGACUCGCAACGAUUUAUAUAAAUCUUCAUUCAAAUCUGCUGAAACAGAAAAAGAAAAUUGUAGCAGACGCGAAUCGCCAUUUUUGGUUUUCUCAUAUGAUUGAAGUUCUUUUUUAAGAAUCCCUCAUGAAAAUCGCUUUCUCCUUGUUUAGCAUCUCCUCUAUACGUUUUUUAUCUAGAAACGGUAAUGUAGGUAUGACUGAAAUUCUCGAUACCAUCAAAAUUGGUUUUUACUGUCGCACGGAGAAACCAUUUAACAUCAAGCCGGUGUUGAUCCAAAUUCCGUGUUUGUAGUAAAUGUUUUUAUUUACCGCAUCACAUUUUUCUGUUUAGUAGCUGUAAUUACGUGUGCCACAGUAGAUAUUUGAACCAUCGUUUCAUCAUCAAGCCUUAACAGAGACUCCUGCGCCAGUAUAUUUGAUGGAAGUGGUUUUUGAUACUUUAUUAAGUGUCUGGUUUCGUUAUUGUCAAUUUGUGAGUGCCCAUUUUAUUUCAAGACUGUAGUUCAUAAUGACAAGGCAUUUACCACUUUACACCGAAAUACCGGUCAUUUGUGAGAUGUUUUUGAAUCAAAAUGAUCACUUGUUUGUUGAUCGGAAAUAUAGCUUCCUAUAACGAGCUCCUACGCAUGAAAAAAAAUCGAGCUAAAUUAUCAAUACAAUUAGGCUACGAAAUACAUGCUAAUUACACAUUCGUAUAGUAGUUUCUAUGAAAACGCGUGCCACCUUCGUAUACGCUGUUCAAGCUUUUCACUCCUUCUGACGUCGUUUAAGCCCGCAGGAAAUAGGCUGUUACCCGUUAAAAGCAUUCAGUUGUUUUGACAUAGCUUUCCGUUAAGUGCACUUGAUGUCAGUUUUCUAAAAUGGUUUUUGAGCGGGACUUUUUAUCCUUUUUUGUAUAUAUCAAAGACAUUUUUGUUUUCCUGAGGUAAAAUUUUGAGAAAAGACUUCCGUCGGAAGUUCAUAGGUCGUUUGCAUUUGUUUUUCUGGAAGAUAAUAUAGGUCAUUGAAAAAUUUUUACUGAAACGUUAUUGUUUUCUUAAAAUAGCUUUAGGAACGAUUUUUGUUCUGUAUUGAAGGUUGAUUUUACCGCCGAAACUAAUGACAGAUUAUAAAUUACUAUAUUAAAGCGACGUUUGAUAUAAUUAUAUAUUGUUUUUCUUAAUCCAUAUGUGUGGUGGGCUGAUUAGUAGAAUUUCGUGAUCAAAGACAAAUGAGAAGGCAUAGCUUUGACGAUAUUGUAAUAGCGGUUACUGUUGUCGUUUAAGUACUCAUAAGCGUUUUUGUGGAUGAAAUAAAGCAUUGCUUUCCUUUUUGUGAAAAAAAAUUCCUUUUGCAGUGUUCUUCGAUGUUUAAGCGUCUGAAAUGACUUUUCUCACUUGAAGUAACGUCAAUUUGACGCCUUUUCAAUUGUUCUGCUUUGAGAGCUUCAGUAAGGCUCAGUGGUUAUGAUAGUUUGUAUAUAAUUGCAGUGUCCUUACGAAAGAGAAUGACGUCAGAUGAAUAACGAUCGUCAAGGAUUGACUUCAAGAUCCAUGUCUGUUGAUACAAAUUAUGAAACCAGCCAGGCAUAUAUAGACAAACCAUUGGGUGAAAAAGCACAUUUUAAGCCUGUUCUUUGACUUCUUUCAUGGUUAACAUUUUCAACGAUAUGUUUAUCAGACCUCUAAGUAUCGAAGACUGUACGAAUUUUAGUUUCAAACAAUUGCGUGUAGAUGUCUAGAGCUACUAAAGUAAUUUAAAUGUGAAUGACAUUAUCUGAUGACCGUAUUACGAGCGAACAACCGGCAUAAAUGUUUAAAGGAGCUUAAUUGACCACUCCUGACGUAAAUUACACGAAGGCUAAAGUACUUGUUUGUAUUAGCGAAUACCUGUUACGCAAAAAGAAAAGCAAAGCUUGUGCACUGACGACCGAAUCACUCCAACCAUUCUUUUGUUUGAAAUAUUACUCCAAAUCUGUUCAUAGUUUUUUUUUUCUUGUUUGGGCAAGAAGACACUUUCGUGUAGAACUGAUGUAAAAAAGAUUGCCGUCACAAUGUUGUCACUGGUCACGUCAUUUUCUCCAAAUGUUGAUAUUUGCAGUUAUUUUAAUAUAAAGUUUUGACUAUGUGGAUCGGUACUGGAAGUUCUCUUUGUACAGAAUGUGAAUACAGGCACCCCAGGUUCAAGCUAUAGCUUUACACUAACAUGUUAGCUUAGGUUGCCUGCGGUAAGCGUCACGUUGAGUCUUUCUAUGGCAUCCUGGGGACGAACUUAAUUCCCUCAGAGGAGAGGUUCAACGUGGCCAUUGCAACAGCCCAACUAACUUUUCCUAAUAAAAGAGAAUGAAAGUCCUUCUUCUCAUUUCCCAGACCACUGUCCAAACUCAGUUCAUCCGUCAGCAGGAAGAUGUAAAAUCGACUGUUUACUGAAUGCUCAGUGUGAAAGAUGGCAAUACUGUUGUAAAACCGGCUGCCGGCAAACUUGUGGUAAGGACUAAUUUAUACCUGUGUUAUGAGUCUCUGCCGGGUCCUCGGUCAAUCGAGAGCGAUGAGAAAAAGCGAGCGAGUGAGCGAGAAUUGGUGGGAAGUCCUUUCGAAAAUUGGAAAAAAAAAAAAGCGGGCGAUGAAAUAUUCUGUGUAUGAUUCUAAACGCGCGAAGAUUUGAAACGACAACAAAUCGGUGAACCCAUAACUUCUCCAACACUUUUAACGAUUUGCUCCUAAAAUGUUUUGACUUUAUCAGGUGAAAAUAUAUGGCAAACUUUUCCUUGAAAAAUCCUUUUUUCCUGAAAGAGGCAUGCCAGUUUCUGAACUAGGAGAAUUAUCCAGAGCGGUUUUUAUUAAUUGCGAAAAUGAACUGAAAAAGAAAGUAUUUCAGAAAAUUUUAUAGUUUUUGGGCGCAACUCCACUUUUACAUAAUUUUUGUGAAAUGGCCUUUGCUGAGUAUUCUUUUGCUAAAGUAAGCAGUGAAGCGGCAAUCUUCCUUCACAAUUGCUGUUGUCAUGGAAUGCUUGGUAAUACAUUAUGGCUUUGGAUCAUUCACUAUGAAACAUGAUAUAUAAGUUAUUUCUUCUCGUAGUGAACUACACGACAUGUCAGUUACAAAAAAUCGAGGCAGCGCUGAGGAGACGUGGCUUUCCGCCAGCGUGCAAUCCGGACGGAAGCUUCAGGGAAAUCCAGUGCACAACUACAACGCCACUUAAAUGCUGGAGAGUUAAUGCACAAGGAGAAAAGAUUCAAGAAACCGAUGUCGCCAUUAAGUUUUCCUCUAACUCAGAACGUCAUCAACCUCAGGCGUGGAAAAGAAAACCCAGAAACGUCCGGCAAUACCCAAACCUGGAAGAGGACGAAAUGGGUAAUUUAUUCUUACUUUUUCGAUGAUGUUUUUAGUUUUGAUUUCUCAUUUACUAUUAAUAACUUUCCUGGGGCAAAAACGAAUUUCACCAAGAUGGGAAGGAGUAGAAUUGGUGAUUCCAACAUCUCUCUUCACGGUGAACCUCCACAUUAUAAUUUACUACACGGCAUAGAAUUAGCACGUGGAUUUUCUUCGCGAGAGUUCCUAAAAGAACAUUGAAAGGGAGUGGCAUUGUUCGAGAGAGAAAAGAGAGAAAAAGAACAUUGCCUUUCUUAUAGACGUUUGCGUUUUUCUUUUCCUGAAAUUAUCAUGACUUGGCAACAAAGCAAUGCAAACCAAAAAAAAUGAAUGUGGUAUCCUAAGAACUUUUUGUUUAAUCGGCAGGGAGACUUCAACCUUCUGAUUGUUUAGUGACUUAAUUAUGAAUGUGGUAUCCCAUUGCUUGCCUUGUAGUGUCGUAACAACGUUCACAUCUCCACCAUUGUUAUAGUAUGAAAUCCAAAAAUGUUAUUUCUAUUUCCGUAAUACAAGCUGACAUGUUUUAAAAACCUUUUUUCUACAGACGAAGAUCACACCAAAAAGGAAAAAACCCGCUGCCAGCGAAUGCGUGAGCGCAGGUUGAGGAAAAGAAAGAACAACCCUGGAGUAUUCGUGCCAAAGUGCAAAUCAAACGGCCACUUUAGAGUUCUGCAAUGUAACAGGAAAACAAAAGCCUGUUGGUGCGUGGACCGGCAAGGAAAACAGAUUCAAGGGACCAGGAUCAGAGGAGGAGAAAAACCGAAGUGUAGAACUUCAACAGGUUAGAUAACCGGUCUUCUGUCUGAAAUCAGGAUAAUUUGCUCUAUUUUGCUGAUUUUUUUUUUGUUCAACUUUUGCUCUGGGUUGGUACACAAGGCAACAAUCAUACUUGCCACUGCCGCACCCUGUCCCGUGCUUUGGCCCUAACUUCGCCCUAGGAGAGACCUCUUCCGGUUUCUUCCUCGCCGUCUGUAUGAACACAGAAUUUCCUGCUCCUCUUUAAUCUCUCCGUUGGGAGAAAGGCUAUGUUGACUUUUUCUUAAAAGUGGUGGCUUCGCUACUUUGUUUUGAAGAUCUUUAGAGCAUUAAGCAUGCGAGGUAGAAAAGGCCUGCCGAUUUCCGUGAUUCUCGAUGUCUCCCUCGUACUUUACUAAGAAAAAUGAGAAACGAAGACUUGAAAGAAACAGCUUUGAAAUUGUUUCUUGGCAUUUAACAAACAAUUUCACUUCACCCUAAACUCUGUAGCAGAGCUCCUUUGCAACUGGGAAUAAAUCAGAACGUCGUCUUAAGUUUUACCUUGAGAAACAUUUCGGCUCUUUUCAGUUACUCGUGAUUGUGGAAAACGUUGGGGUUUGUACAAUCCUCGCUCCCGAAGGAUUGUGGGAGGACAAGAAAGCGUUCCUAACUCCUGGCCGUGGAUGUCUGCUUUGUUCUUUAAUCGUACCAAGCUUACCUGCGGAGCAACCAUCAUAAAACCAUCUUGGGUCGUGACCGCUGCACAUUGCUUUAGUAAGUUGAAUCAUUCUAACUCAUCCCCAUCGUCAUUAGUACAAAUAUCUAUAUCCCCAUAAACUCGUGUAAUAGUUACAGGUAUUCCUAAGAUCCGAGUAAACUUACACUAAAGAACAUCAACUAUAUUCAAUAAAACGGCCUACAAUGACUACAAAAGUGGUCCUUACAACACUCAAUGUUUCAGUGAGUUUUGCUAUUAUUGUUUAUGUGGUAUAUUUUACAAGGAAUAAGAGCUUAAGAGCAUUUCCUUCCCCUCACACCGCUUUAGAAAAGAAAAAUGAACGUAAUGCGAGAAAAGGUAUUUAAGUUAGUCAAAGAGAGGUUCCUUACAAAAACUGAGUUUCAAGUUUCUGAAAUGAGGGAAUGUGCAUGGGAAUAGGGGAACCUGUUGCAAUUGUAAACCACUGUAAUUUAGUACGGGUUAAUCUAAAUUAUGCUUUUUAUUAUGUUGAGGUCGAUAAAACUGGACCAAAAAAAAAUGGAUGCAAAAUGCUCACAGGCUAUAAGUUCAUCAGUCCAUUUUAUGUGCACUUACCAAGAACUUAUGUGGUUUGAAUCUUAGAUGAACAAACAUCAAAGAAACCCUCAGACUGGGAGGUGCACAUUGGUGAACAUUCACUUCACAGAGAGGAAGGGAAAGAACAAAAGCUUGACGUCAAACAAAUACUAAUUCACCCAAACUAUAAGCCAAGUAAUUCCUCCCACCCCGGUGACAACGAUAUCGGUAAGGCUACGGGGUCUCUUUUUCUUACUAAGGGACGGAUCUUACUAAAGUACUUACUGUGAUUAAGGGACGAAUAGACCUGAUCAAAUCACACUGCGGUGAACUCGUGGAUAUACUAUUGUUUCUUUCGUUUGUCAGGUCAAUUAUUUUAUUUCUACAUUACAUUCCUGAAAAUGAGUAAGCGCGUAAGAGGGGAUCUUCAGUAGUUGAAAUUUUGAUUCACGUUGUGUUUCAUCCAUAUUACGUUGUGUGAAGAUUUAUUUGAUUAGAAGAUGGGCUAUUUCUUUUUGCUAAAUGAAAUUUUCUGUUGCUGCAAACUCGAGUAAGGGAAUAGCACAAAAACAAUGCAACCAAUCCAUUGCUGUUUCUCACGAGGAAGUUUCUUAAGACGGUGUCAUCCAGGAGUUAAAAACUCUGUCGGUGUUUUAUGAUCAUGAUAAUUUUAGCGCUUUGGUUGUCUUCUAUUUUCUUUGGAAAAACAAACAAACAAACAAACAUGUUAAGUGUGAAUUGGUCAUAUAUAAAAGAGGGAUUGGGUUAUAUCUGGUGUUUAUGUGCUUUUCUCCAGCGCUAGUGCGUAUGGCUGGUUCACUGAAGUUCGGCAGCCAUGUUAGUAAGAUCUGCCUGCCAGAGAGUUUCAACUACUUCCAAGCGGGUAAACGCUGCAUUGUUACUGGCUGGGGACACACUUAUUGGCAAGGAAGUUCCUCGCCGGUGCUGAGAGAGGCGUGGGUUGAUUUGGUGGGAAAAGAAGGCUGCAAUUCUCCCCGGUUAGUAAUGGUCGAAAAAGCAUGUCAAACUUUAAGUAGUGGAUGACCAAUGUAGAAGCUUAUGUUAGCUGUUUCUUGUGUUUCUAGUUCGUACAACGGAGCAGUGGGAGGAAACUUCCUGUGUGCCGGAUUCAAGGAAGGUGGCACUGACGCAUGCACUUACGAUAGCGGGGGACCGCUGGCCUGUCCAGAUCCGAGCGGGGACGGCACCUGGAUGCUUGCAGGCAUAGUGAGCUGGGGAGAGAGGUGUGCGUUGCCGCACAAAUAUGGUGUUUACACGAAUGUGAACGAGUAUACUCGGUGGAUGGAGGCAAAUUUGAAGAUUGACAGAUGAAUAAGUGCGAGGUUUUUCUUUUUUGCUAAACAACAUCGUGCAGGGCUGAUGUACGCCACCUGAAAUGAGCUAAUUGUGAAGCAAACGUUGAAAAUGAAAAUCGGAUUACUCGCUUAAGUAAAAAAUAAAACUCGGAUAGUUUUCUUGAUUAAUUUUACAUUUUGGAAAACCCUGCGUAAAUUGUUCCGAUAUUCACAUAUCUUUUCAACGGAUCAUUUCAUGAAAUGUAAAACGAAAUUCAUAAAUAUAGCAUUGGCCGGUCUUAAAAUUAUUGUUGAGAGUUAGGAGGGGCAGACGCCCUAAUAGCUGUUUGGUAAGCGCAUGCAGUUGAACGUAAAGACAGAAAAUGCAUGUAAAUAUCGAAUUAUAUUUAACAUGACCAAGAAAGCUCCGUAAGAAGUAAAUGCAGGCUCUCUAGAACCAAGGUGCCUAACAGAAGGUUAGUGUUUGGUAGUAAAAAUGGAUAUCAAAUAUCAAGUUAUUGACAAAAUUUAAGAGUAUACAGAUCACUUUUUUUCAUAUUAUAAUAUAACGUAUUCAUAUCAAAUAUGAUUGUUAAGCAAGCCAUACUUUAUAACGUGAAGCCUGCGUAAAUUUAGUGUUAUCUCUGUGUAAUAUAUCUUUGUUAACACAGUUGUAACAGAUCUGCCAUGAGUUAAGAGAAAAGAUGUAUGAUCUGGUUGAAAGGUUCUUGCUAUCAGCAAGAUCUCUUUAGGAUGAUCUAAAUCGUACAACUUUUAAAGAUGCUUCUCUGAAAUCCCCCGGUGUUUAUCUUCCUAUCAGGAAAGUAGAUCAUAUGGAAGACGUAUGUCACUCAGGUAAAGGCCUUCAUGAUAAACAAGUGUUUAGGCUACUCAGGUAUUCAAGGGACAUGAAACCAUUUUUGAUGGGGAAAUCGAGCAAACGCGAAUGCAGUUAGGAAUCAAGACAUCCAAUUUCAUCGACAGCCGCUUAUGAAAGGAAG